GUCUGGAGUGUGACUUGGCCAUGAAUCUGGUGGGGCAGCCCCUGGUGAGACAGCAGGUGAUGAAGGGAGUGAGGGAGUUCCUGGAGAACCAGAAUCCUGUGAAACCCCUCGUGAUGUCCUUCCACGGCUCAACGGGAACAGGCAAAACCUACGUGAGCUCCAUGCUCGUCCGCUACCUCUUCCAGGGUGGGCUCCAGAGCCCCUACGUUCACCAGUUCUCUCCAAUAGUGCACUUCCCCCAUGCUGAGCGGAUAGAGCAGUACAAGGAAAACCUGAAGCGCUGGAUCCAAGGGAACUUGACAAACUGUGGACGGUCAGCCUUUCUCUUUGAUGAGAUGGACAAGAUGCACCCGGGCCUGAUCGACGUGAUCAUACCAUUCCUGGGACCCUCGUGGGUUGUGUACGGGACCAACUACCGCAAAGCAAUCUUCAUCUUCAUAAGCAACGCAGGAGGGGAGCAGAUCAUCGAAAUGACACUGGAUCUCUGGCGUGCACGCAAGGACCGGGAGGAGAUCAGCCUGCAGGACCUGGAGCCGGCCAUCUCCAAAGCCGUGUUUGAAAACCCUCAGAGUGGAUUCUGGAAAUCUGGGAUCAUUAACGAACAUCUCAUUGAUUUUGUUGUGCCCUUCCUCCCAUUGAAGCACCACCAUGUAAAGCAGUGCGUCGUCAGUGAACUUGUCCAGCAACGCCUCGAAGUACGUCCGGAUGUUGUCCAGGAGGUAGCUGACAGCAUCCCCUACUUCCCAGAAAAGGAGAAAAUAUUCUCAUCAACAGGCUGCAAAACAGUGGCCUCUCGGAUCAGUUUUUUCUUCUAGCCGCUGGUGAGGGCCUUGCUCAGAUCCAUAGGGGAUGUAUAUGGAGCUGUAAAGCGGCAGAGCCCAGGGCUGGCAGGAUGAGCAGUAGGAGCUGCGUGUUCCCUCUUGGCAGCACAAGUGCUUUCCUGCUGAGCUUGCCUCUGCAGCCCCAAGGAGGCCACUGCAGGAUGCAGCUGUGGGACCAAGUGCAAGCGAGUGAUUUAAAGCACUUUACUGUG